GGUUUCCAAAACACUACUUAACCUCAAAACUGAUCGUUUAUUAAAAAAAGCAGCUAAUAAAACAAAAUGAAUAUCUUACGUCAGCUGAGUCUUACGCCCAAUAUAGUAAGAAACUUAAUUCAAACAAGAAAUUAUGCAGUUCCAAAACUUCCAGUAGAAUGGAUCGAACCAGAAAAAAUAUCAUGUAUUGACCCAAGAAAAAGUGGUGAUGGGGGAUUAGAAUUGAACAUUAAGCCAGAAGAUCCUAUAAAAUUCUUUGAAAAAUCAGAAGAGCUUAAAGGAGCUGAUAGUAUUGUCAAGAAAAUAUUUUCUAUCAAUUUCAACAAUAGAAAGUCUACUGUUUAUCUUCAAAAAGAACGUGCCAUACAAUUAGUUCAGCGACAUAGCCACGAUCGAGGUUCUAUGGAAGCCAAGAUUGCAAAAAUGACAGUCAGAAUUUUACAAUUGCAAGAGCAUCAAAAAAUCUUCUGGCAAAAUAAGAAAACGAAACGAAUCUUAAAAGAGCUAAUUGACAAAAGAAAUAAAUGUUUGAAGUUUUUGAGAAGACAGGAUUACCCACGAUUUGAAUUCUUACUUGAACGUCUCAAUCUUAUAUACAAGCCAUGUCCUGAAGACAAACAACCACUUGACUAUAAAUCGUGCACGACGCGAUUAAUGGAAAAGUAUUGUGACAAAAUAGUAAAGGAGAAACUGGCUAACUAUAGGCAAGAAUUAGAGUCUCAACAGGCUAGUUUUUUCAAAGAAAAAGCCGAAAAAUUAGAAUUCAUAAGAAACGAAGAGAUCGCUUGCGGUGUCACGCCUACGAUUAGUGAGGAAGAAAUUGAGGCAGCCAAGCAAAAAGCUGCGUCAUUUGUAAACUAAAUUUAUGACAUAUCUUUAUAUUAAAAAUAAAAGUUAAUACAAAAUUACCAUGAUUGGUAUAUUCUGUCUUUUGUAAGAUCAAAAGGAUCGCACCUUUCGUUAUAAUUUAUCACAUAGUGUUGAUCAAUUGUUGCUGAAAGAAUUAAGAGUUUAUCAU